GCAAUUUCAUGCAAAGCCGCCACAGGACUCGAAGCAUUCUCAAUUUGUGCCGCGUAAUCUCAUUAUUCUGCUCCACCUCUUUCCUAUAUACCACUUCUCUCCCUCUUCACCUGCCCCCUCAUUACAGUACUACUCAUCAUCUCUCUUCCCUUACUCCUCUUCUUCCUCACCAUGUCUGACUACUCAAGACCAGCCUACUACGACGAGAUCUCCAACUCCAACCAACCUCCUGCACGCCAAGCAGUCAAGUUCUUGACGGCUGUCACUAUUGGAGUCACCCUCUUGCUCCUGUCGGCCUUGACCCUCACCGGAACUGUUAUAGCCUUGAUCUUGGCAACCCCGCUCUUGGUUCUGUUCAGUCCGAUCUUGGUCCCUGCAGGGAUAGCUGCUUUCAUGGCUGCUUCUGGGUUCGUGUUCUCCGGCGGCUGCAGCGUCGCUGCCAUAGCUGCAUUGUCCUGGAUAUAUAACCAUGUCACCGGAAAGCACCCGGCGGGUUCUGAUAGGCUCGACAAUGCCGCGGGGUUGAUUGGAGAUAAAGCGAGAGACGUGAAGAAAAGGGCCAAGGACUUCGCGACUUAUGCGCCGGGGAGGGCUCAGGAGGCCAUUAUGGGACAUCAAGCUUAUGCGUCUGGUUAAUUGGAAGUCAAUUGAUUUCAUUUGAGUUUGCAUGAUCAGUCCCCUUACGUUGGAGUAGUGUGGUAUCUCUUGUUUGUUAGUGUCAUGUGCUGUUCUGGUUUUCGUACUGUUCGUCUUCGUAGUUAAUUCCCUACCACUGCCACCACAUAUAUUUGUGCAGUCUUCUUGAUAAAUAAACCUCUUUUCCGGCUUCUUGA